UUACACGUGUGAAAAGACCCUACAACUUAGUAUCGGAAGGGAUCAUAGAAAGCGUCAGCAACAACACUAACAAACCGGUUUCCCAAUUCACAGACGGUGAAAUCCCAUGGCGGAGGAAGCGAAACCCGACGCAGAGCUCUUUCAGCUUCUCUUCAAUCUCCUCCACGAGGUGGAAUCACUAACGAAUCAAGAAGAAGUUGAGCUGCGUUCUAAAAUUGAAACUCUUGGAUUAGAGGUUACAAAAAUUCCUUCAAAGUCAACCCAGCACCUUGACGAGUUGGAAAUAGCCAAGGAGUUGGAUAAAUUAUCAGCAAGAUUGGAUGAUCUUGAUGAAAUGGUAUCAACGUCAAUGGCUUCAGAUCCACAGGUUCAGUCACUCUUGAGUGGUACAGCUGAUGUGUGGAUACCGGUUAUCACUGCUACCUCUGAGGAAAGACGCAAUUUCACGGGGUCUACUGUUGACAACACCACUCAAACAGAUGUGGAGAAGUCCAAAUAGAUUCCUAUUUUCUUGUAUUUGAAUGUAGACAUAUUUUUGGUGCUGUCUAGUGUACUAUUUCCAUUUAUGUGUAAUAAACUGAGUUGAGUUACACAAAGGAAGUUCUUCAUUACAUUGUUCCUUUCAUGGACUUGCUAUUGAUGCCAAUCAAAUAUUGAAAUUGGAAACAGAUGAGGAAAAAAAAAACAUUUCUUUCAAAGAUUUUGAGACAUUCUACAAGGAGAA